UAUAUAUAUAUAUAGCUCUUUUUCUUCUGGUGUGAUUGAAACCAUCCUAAGGAUUUCGUCUUCUUAAUCAGUACCUUACCUGAAGGGCAACGUGGAUGCAUGCUUGAGAUUUUUCUAAAACUGAUAUAUACACAUAAAACUUUUUUUUAAGUACUUCGGUGUAUUAUUCUUAUUCUAAUUGCAUUAGAUAAUGGAUCAUCCCCAGUGCUUUGUGUCCUUGUGCGUUUUUGCUUUAUUGAUUGGUUUAUGGAUGGAUGGAGGCGUUUGUCAGCAUUACUAUCACCUACGCCCUGUCCCCAGUGAAAACUUACCACUUGUGGAUCUUAUAGAACAUCCGGACCCCACGUUCGACCCCAAGGAACGGGACCUUAACGAGACAGAACUCCGAAGUAUCUUGGGCAGCAGCUAUAACUCUCAGCACAUGUCCAUUUCACCUCCAGAGGAAAAAAACGCGGGGAGCGAAGAACUUUCCGAGUUGGACCUUAAUUUACAGCAGAGGCCCCCCAAAGCCAUGCCAAAGGACAUCAAAUCCAUGGAUUUCUUUGACAUGAGCAAUAACAAAAAACACAAACCGAGUAAAAAGCUGCGACGCCGCUUGCAGUAUUGGCUGUGGUCGUACACUUUCUGCCCGGUCGUGUACACGUGGAGUGACCUGGGCACCCGCUUUUGGCCUCGGUUUGUCAAAGUGGGCAGCUGUUUGAGCAAGCGCUCGUGCUCAGUCCCCGAAGGGAUGGUGUGUAAGCCGGCCAAAUCAGCACAUUUCACCAUCCUGAGGUGGAGGUGCCAGCAGCGCAAAGGAGGACAGAAGUGCACGUGGAUACCCAUUCAGUACCCCGUCAUAUCGGAAUGCAAAUGCUCGUGUUCGAGCUGAAGCGGACUGCUCCCGCAUGCGGCGCCCGGCGCUACGCACUGCCAAGUGUACGAAUGUAAAUGUUCAGUAUAUGUGGGGCCAUUUCAUAUACAUGUAAAAAGGUCAGUAUUAUACAUGCGAUAACCAGCGUCUACUGUAUUUGAGGAGCAUUCAAUAUUCUGGUUGUAACGUAUCUUUAUAUUUAUAUGAAGAGCACUUCGUACUGCGAAGCAUUAAACUUCAGCAAAAGAAGAAGAAAAAACUUUUAUUUUUGAAGGACUUCACAGCUAUUUUCCAUUGUUUGGAAAUUGUGUUUUCACGAACCUCAGGCGGAGAUUUAGAAUUUGACAGCUUUUUACAGCUGUGCACACAGAGGUAAAUUUUGAAAAGUGAAUCAUGUAAAUUAAGAGUAACUACUAUUUAUUCUUUAUAUUCAUGUAGUAAAAAAAGAGUAAAGACUUAAA